AUGGGAGAAGUAGACGAGAAACCAUGUAUCGAGGGAGCUUCUCCAAGGUAUUCAUCGAAGAAAGUUGCGGAUUUUGAUACGGAGCUCUCCAAGAUGAAGGCUUCUCUUGAGAGCAGAGAAAGCGAGGUCGUUUCUUUAAGAGACGCGUUAUUGGAGAAAGACGUGUUGAUGAAGAAUCUCGAAGCCGAGAUUGAGAAAGGCAAAGACUCAGAGCAGAAACUGCUUGGUUCGUUUGAAGAGCAAUCAAGAGAGCUCGAGGAAUCCAAGGUGGAGAUUGCUUCUUUGAAAGAGAGGAUCGACGGAUCUUUUCACAGCCAAGACUCGAGCGAAGAAGACGAAGACGAUAGUUCUGUCCAGGAUUUCGAUAUUGAGUCUAUGAAGAACGAGAUGGAAUCGACGAAGGAGAGUCUCGCGCAGGCUCGUGCGGCUGCAGAAGCUUCUUCUUUAAAGGUAUCUGAUUUGCUAGAAGAGAUGAAAUCGGUUAAGAACGAGCUUCAAUCAGCGACGGAUGCAGAGAUGACGAGCAAGAAAGCUAUGGACGAUUUGGCGUUGGCUUUGAAAGAGGUAGCUACUGAUUGUGGCCAAACGAAAGAGAAGCUUGAGAUUGCGGAAACAGAGCUCGAGGCUGCGAGAUUAGAGUCUAAGGAAUGGAAGGAAAAACACGAGGAAGUGAGGAAAGAAGCUGAAUUGCUCAAGAACACGAGCGAGAGACUGAGGAUCGAAGCAGAGGAGUCUCUUUUGGCUUGGAAUGGGAAAGAGUCUGUGUUUGUGAGUUGUAUAAAGAGAGGAGAAGAUGAGAAGAACUCGCUGCUUGACGAGAACAGCAGAUUGCUUGAAGCUCUUGUUGCAGCUGAGAACUUGAGCAAGAAGGCUAAAGACGAGAAUCAUAAGGUUAGAGAUAUACUUAAACAAGCUAUCAGCGAAGCUAAUGUAGCGAAAGAAGCAGCGGUGAUCGCGAGAGCUGAGAAUUCGAAUCUGAAAGAUGCCUUGUUGGAUAAAGAAGAGGAACUGCAGUUUGCUCAGAGGGAGAUCGAAAGAGUCAAGGUUAACGAAGCUAUGGCCAAUGACAAUGUAAAGAAGUUGAAGAGGUUGUUGUCCGAAAUUGAGGUAGCUAUGGAAGAAGAGAGACACAGAAGCUUGAGCAGGCAGGACUCGAUGCAGAAGGACGUAGAAGUUGUUGAGAAGAAGAUUGAGGAGAAGGAGAAGGAGAAGGAGAAGAAAGAGGAGAAGAAAGAGAGUAAGAAGGAGAAGAAAGAGAGCAAGAGGGAGAAAAAGGAACAUGGGGAGAAGAAGGAAGAGAAGGAGAAGAAAGAUCAUUCACAACAGAACAUCGAUAAGAAGAUGCUUGGCAAGACUUGUAGUUUCAGUCUGAUGAAACUCGCUCAUAACCACAAUCACAAUCACAACCACAACCACAAGCACAAGGAAUCAGUAGAGGAAGAGACAAAAGCACAAGAGAGCAACAACAGCAGCAAUAACACUGAUGAUAGUGGUGAAGCAAACUCUCCGAGAUCAGAUUCUUAUCUCUUCAAAGGUUCCAUCUUCGAUGUCGCUGAGACGCCACACGCAGCAGCGGCGCACAGCCAUCACAAGAGGAGAUCUUCGUGUACGUUUUUGGAAGAAGUAGCGACGAUUAACCCGGAGGACUUGGAGAAUUUGGAUGGGAAUCAGUUAGAAGAAGGAGAGUUAAACGACAAAGGAGCAGUAGCAGCAGCGAGGAAGAAGAAGGCUUUUAUUCGUAGGUUUGGGGAUCUUCUCGUUAGGAGAAAGAGUUUGAGUUUCUCACACAAGAAAGAGUCUUCGACUGAUUCACAAGAUAAGCAGCAGCAACCACAGACGCCGACGUCACCGUCUCCACCGCAACUGCCGCUAUCUCCGGAGCACUGA